UGUUCCGCGGAACCGUGGAUGAGGUCAUCAUGAAGCUUUCAAUCUUAUGUACCCUACUGGCCGUUGCCUGGGCAGCAGAAGAAAAAGCAGAUGUCCGACAGUCCUUUCGUGACAAGCCAAAGUCUCAGCCCGUACCUCACGGGUCAAAUUACAACAAAGACAGCGGCAGUACCUCGCAAUCACAGCACCUUGAUUCCUCCUCUUCGUCCUCAUCAUCUUCUGCUGAAGAGUACAGACAGCUCAACUCUGAAGAAGUAAAGUUGCUUCUGUUGAAGGUUGUGGAUGAGAAUGUCGACAAAGAUAAGGAUGGUUUUGCCACUGCUGAUGAGUUGAAGGAUUGGUUGCGCGUCCUCCAAGAGAAGGUCAUACAGGAUAACGUAAACAGGCAGUGGGCGUACUACAGUCCAGAAACUGAAGAGGUUUUGUCCUGGGAAGGGUACUACCCAGAACAAAAGCGUGUCGUGACCUGGGAAAGGUAUCUGAACUACACUUAUCCAGAUGAAGUGUUAUCAGGAAGUGAGAAUCUUACUCCCGAGCUGGAAGAGGUGAAGGCAACGAUGCGCCGCGCAGAGAGGCGUUGGAAGAACGCAGACGUUGACGGUGAUGGAAGUUUGUCUAAAGAAGAAUUCAGAGAUUUCAUCCAUCCGGAAGAAUCCCAGAGAGCAGGUGGAGUCGCUGUUCUGGAAGCCAUGGAGGACAUGGACACUGACAAAGACAACAAAGUAUCGCUUGAUGAAUACAUGACUCACCUCAACAAGGUUUCCGGGGAAGAAAAAGAGGACCCCAGCUGGUCAGAAGCUCAACGUGGUCACUUCACUGACUUCUUGGACAAGGAUAAAGAUGGUAAUCUGUCUGAAAAAGAGAUGCGCGAAUGGGUGGUUCCAACCUAUGAUCGGAGUGAGGCUGAAGCGUGGAGGUUGAUCUCCAUUGCUGACCAGGAUCAGGAUUCCAAACUGAGCAGAGAUGAGAUCGGUACUUACCAUGAGUACUUCCUGACACUCCUACCACCGGAAUACUGGGUGCAGGAAGAUCCCACAGAAUCUUCCAAACACGAUGAGUUUUAAGAUACUAGGAUGUUCUUUUUUUAUUGUACAUAUACAUUGCAUGUUGCAUGAGAGCUUAAGAUCAAAAUCUUCCAUAUUCAAGAGUUUUUUUAAUAUUUUUACAAAUUUGUACUACUUUUUGAUCAUUGUACAAAAUUUUGAAACUUUUUUUUCCUGAAAUAAAGUUUACUUUAUUAUAUUUGUUAUAAA